UCCUCCAUCCAUCCUUUUGGUCCAGAAUUUUUCAAAUGUGCCGUACACGUAAGCUUCAAUCCAGCUCUAUCAAUGGCUAAACUAUUUCUGUGGAGGGGAUCAAUUAGAAGCUCUCGUAAUUAUGGGGUUCCCGAUUGCCCACAUCAAAUCGCACGAAUCUCAAUGAGAAAUCAUCGACUUUAACUGAUUUUUGAAGUUGAUCGUUCGCUGUUCCUCUCCGGCGCCAAGCUCAGUAACUCCAUUUUUCUUCUCAUUCUCUAGAUUUUAGGGUUUUGAUUUUUCGUUCUUUGGAUAUGGAUUUUGUACUUGCGAAUUGCACGCAUGCCGUUUCGUUUUCUGCAAAACAACGCAGCUUGAAAGGUAGGAGUUCGCUUGUGCGGGGAAGGAAGCAGAAGGUUUCUGUGAUUCGAAUUUCUAAUUCUGCAGUUGAAGUCUCCCGUAGCAGUGCUGCAGCGAGUGGAAGAAGUGAUGGUUCCGGUGAGAAAAAGGACUGGCAAGUGCCGAAAUCUAGUACUGCCUUGGAGUUGCUAGAUAUCGAGCGUGGUGUUUGCAUACCAUUUCGCAAGUAUUCUCCCGAGACAGUGAGAAACAAGGUAUUGGAAUCCAGAGGAGCUGUCUUGUCUCUCAUUUCUCGUGGUGUGGAGAUAGUUUGGAAUCUCGGAUUAUACUGGUCUAUUUUGAUGUAUGACUACUUUGUCGGAAGGGAUGAAGAGGUUGUCCCAUUUCGUGCUCAGCAGCUUAGAAAACUCUUGUGUGAUUUGGGACCUUCGUUUAUUAAAGCUGGGCAGGUCCUUGCCAACAGACCCGAUAUUAUUAGAGAAGAUUAUAUGAAUGAACUUUGCAUUCUUCAAGACGAUGUUCCACCUUUUCCUAAUGAGGUUGCGUUCAGUAUCAUAGAAGAAGAACUGGGUCGCCCCCUUGAAGCUGUUUUUAGCAAAAUUUCGUCACGGACAAUAGCAGCCGCAAGUUUGGGUCAAGUUUACCGAGCUACUCUACGAGACUCUGGCGAGGAUGUUGCUAUCAAGGUUCAAAGGCCUAAGAUCGAGCCAAUAAUUUACCAGGAUCUUUUUCUCUUUCGUACGCUUGCUUCUUUUUUAAAUGGCAUCAGUCUACAAAAACUUGGGUGUAAUGCAGAGCUCAUAGUUGAUGAAUUUGGUGAGAAGCUGUUGGAGGAGCUUGAUUAUACUUUGGAAGCCCGUAACCUUGAGGACUUUAUUGAAAACUUCAAGAAUGAUCCCACUGUAAAAAUUCCUCGUGUUUACAAACAACUUUCUGGUUCACGGGUUUUGGUGAUGGAAUGGAUUGAUGGUAUCCGCUGCACUGACCCACAGGCUAUUAAGGAUGCUGGCAUUGAUGUCGAUGGAUUUUUAACAGUUGGAGUUAGUGCAGCAUUGCGGCAAUUGCUAGAAUUUGGGUUAUUUCAUGGCGAUCCCCAUCCCGGAAACAUUUUUGCAAUGCGUGAUGGACGUAUAGCAUAUGUGGAUUUUGGAAAUGUUGCUGUCCUCAGUCAGCAAAAUAAACAAAUCUUGAUCGAUGCUGUCGUGCAUGCUGUAAAUGAGGAUUAUGCUGAAAUGGCAAAUGAUUUCACUAGGCUCGGAUUUCUGGCUCCUGGAACAGAUGUUGCUCCUAUCAUUCCGGCAUUAGAAGCAAUUUGGCAAAAUUCUGCUGGGAAAGGGUUAUCUGAUUUUAAUUUCCGAAGUGUCACUGGAAAGUUCAAUCAAUUGGUCUAUAAUUAUCCUAUCCGAAUACCUGAGAGGUUUUCUCUUGUCAUUCGAUCUCUACUGACUCAAGAGGGAAUUUGUUUUACUCUCAAGCCCAACUUCAAAUUUCUUGAGGUUGCAUAUCCAUAUGUAGCAAAGCGUCUUUUGACAGAUCCAAACCCUGCUUUACGGGAACGCCUCAUUCAGGUUUUAUUCAAAGACGGAAUGUUCCAAUGGAAGCGUCUCGAAAAUCUUAUAGUGCUUGCUAAAGAGAACGUUGUUAAAAUGAGCAGCAACCCAGCGUUGCAGAAGAAGGAUCUGAAAGGUUCAAGACAAGUUGUGAAUAAACUUGACCUCAAAGAUACGAUCAAAGAUGGAGCUCGCCUAUUUCUCCUCGACGAAGGAAUCCGUCGACAGCUGCUUCUUGCUUUAACUGAAGACUCGCAGCUUCACGUUCAAGAGCUCGUGGACGUCUACAGAUUACUCGAAGAUCAGAUAGACAUACCAUCAAUGGCUUUGGAAGUAGCCCGAGAUUUUCCAGCAGUCGUUCGGGACCUCAUGUUGGCUUGGACCGAAUCCGUUCUAUCGGACAGAUAAAGGAUAUAUAUAUAUAGGAUAUAUAUAGGCACGUAUAGAAAUACAAUUUUAAUUCAUUUAGAAAGCCAGUACCGAACAUCUUACAUGUAGCUUUCUGCCAUUUUACUAAAUCUUUGAACAAGAGAACUUGUAAAUUACAGGGAGGUAAUGUAUCUUUUUAGGCAUAUCAUAUAUAUGUAUAGCAAACUGUUUUGAGUAGAGAGAGUUUCUUCUAUCAGGAACCAAAUUUUGCCAUUUCUUUUGUAAGGAAAAAGGUGUAUUUUUAUUGUAUAGCGAAAUUGAAAUGAUAUAAAAUGGUGAAUCUGGUUGUGA